AUGAGUAAGAAUCAACUGGACGACGAUGAAUCACAACCAAGAACGCCGACAAGUGAAGAAAGAGAAGCAGAUGAACAACAAGAGGGAACGAUCAAGUAUAUAUCCGAAGGAGCCUGGCUUUCCAAAAUGAUUAUCACCUAUUCUUUAAAUGGUGAAGAAAGCGAAGCAAUAGAGAGUGCCAGUAAUUCCAUAGUUAAAAUUCCGGCAGGCGCAACCCAAAUUGAAGUCAAAUUUAAAGUUUCCCGUCCAUCGUGGGGUGAUAUCAUGAAGUAUGAUCGUUUUAAAAAGACCUGGUGCCAACCUUGUGAGCCGCACGUCUUCCGCUACGAGAAACCACCAAUUCGUACGUUCACUGUCAGUGGUGGUCUAUGGUGGGAAGCAGUUAUGAGAGUCAGUGAUGAAUAUCACGAGGAAACCGGCGAAAUGAGUUAG